AUGUUUAAGAAGUUUGUUUCUGCGGUUGCUGAUGCAAUUGCUGAUAUUGAUGACAACCGUAAGGCUCAGUAUCAACAAGGAACUCAAAAUCAACCAUUUUCUACUACACCUGGGCAGCAGCAAAGCUACCAGACCAGCAAACUCUACUCCGGACCUGAUACACAACAAAAGAGAUACGAAGGAUACAGUGCACCAGCUAAUGGGCCUGAUUGUAUCGGCCUGCAACCUCUAUUGACAAGAUACCAUCAAUUCUUCGCUCUCAAAGCAGCACCGAACUUUUCCAUUUGCCACAAUUGUUACCUGACAAAAAUCCAACCAAAUCAAGAUUUUCUAUACGAUUUUGAGCCUCACCAUAGUACUGGUCCCCAAGAGGCGUUUGCCUGCGACUUCGUCAUUCCAGCUAUCAGGUCGAUAUUUUUUCAACAGUGCGUCCCAAGAAGAAGCGUGAAACCUCUCAUAGACUAUUCAAAACUGUGUGAAACCCUCACGCCAUGCGAUGGAACCGCCAUCUCUACCCGCGGGAGACCAUACUGGCAAGCCCGAAGGAACAAGAUGAAGAACUUCAUGUCAUGCGAGACAUGUUUUGAGCUUUAUUUCAAGCAUACGCCCUUCGAGCACGAAUUUGAGAAAGUCCCCGACGGAACGCUUGGAGGGACUCAGCAAUGGACUUGUGAUAUGGCAAGGUCAUAUUUCAUUCGUCUCGCUACCGUCAAGCUUGCGAAAUCACGUCCAGAUUUCUCCGAAUUUGCAGAGGACGUAAACACUAGGAUUGCGUUACCUCCAUGCCCUGGAUUAAAUAAGCCCAUAGUCGAGUUCACACCCAAACUGCUUAAUGUUGUAAUGACCGGCGCAAACGGGAACGCGGGCAAUAUCUGUUUAUCGUGCUUUUCGGACUUUUUGGCCGAGACACCCUUGGAAGCAACAGCCUUCGUCGGUGCACGGCUAGCUUCUGAUCAACUCGGAAAAGUUACAUGUGAUUUGGCACCUGGAUACUCUCAAAUGGCCAUGACACAUGCGGUGCAAAAGCGGGAUAUUCAGAUUUGGCUCGAUGCAGUAAGAAUGGGAAGUAAAGUGGGGCAAUGUGCUGGGAAAAGGGGUAUGGAUGAAGCAGAAGUUGCUCGGGAGAGAAGCGCAAAAGGCGAUCUGAUUCAGUGGUAUCAGCUUAACACCUCACCGACAGUUGAGAUAUGCCCGUUCUGUUACUGGACAAAGGCGAAUAUGCUUGGUGCCGGGCAUAUGUAUUCGCCUGUGACACGAAAAUCACCGGGCUACGUGCAUAUCUGUUUUAUGAUGGGGUCAGAUACGCCUGAGACAGCUUCAACAGAUAGCCCAGAUAAUUUCCAAGAUAGUGUUGCAUGGCGCGGACGGAUCCUGUUUAAUGCUUUACGCGCCGGCUAUGAAGCUGGAGAUUGGAAUGCCCUGGCCUCAGCUGGCCAAAUGCUAGCCGCCAAUGCGCCGCCGUGCGGCGGUAAUGUCCGUGGAUUCUCUCGAGAAAGUUGGAGACGGUGGUAUGGCCGAGUCAAUCAAGCCUACGGAAACCAAAGUGAUUGCACAAUCAUAUUCUGUGAAGAAUGCUAUAUGCGUGCCGUAAGCGGGAAACCUUACGCCCAAUUCUUUAGCCAGGACAUAACAGACUAUGCCUUCACGACUGCCGGAGCCAACGGUUUGGUAUACUGCAACACAUACACAAACCGUGCAAGAGGCAUGGUACGCCAAUGUACCGAGACCGGCGAUCUAAUCUCGUUCGCUCGAUGGUGGAAUAUGCGAGAAGAACUACGCAUAAAGAAAGAUUCAUGGAAGCCCAUUAUUGAGAUGCAGCUUCAGAAGCAAAAGCUUGCUGACGCCAAGAAAUUGGCACAGCUCAAAGUUAAGCUUAACGCACAACAAAAUGCUAUGGCGAGGAUGGGAGCUGCAGGCGCUGCAGAACUUGCAGGAGGAGAUACGGGUUGGAGAUAUGGAAACUCUCAGAUUGGAUAUGGACAUUGGACCGCGGGAGCAGCAGAUGCGCAUACGGACUGGAUAAGAGCAAGCAAUCUGCCUUCAGGAUUUGAAAGUUCUUCCAAUUCUGCUAUGGAUACUCAGAGGAUUCUUAUGCAGGCUCGUCAGGACGAACUCAACUUUGCAGCUGUUGAGUAG